AUGGGUCCCUGUACGGGCCUCCCAUUGCUGCUGGUCUCCAUCGCCACACUCUGCCAUGUGCCACUUUCAGGUCUCCUCACACUGCUGGUCGGGUUUCCAUUUUGCAUAUGGAGCUGUAUGGCCUCCCUAUUGCUGCUGCCGAUCUCCACGCCACGACUGUGGCUCCACACUCCUGGUUUUUUGGCCACCCGUGACUGCCCAAAUGAGUGAAGUGUGCGGUGAUUCUAAGAUCGACGGCACUCAUCUGCCAUGUCAUACUGACUGACCAGUACUUAGAUUCUCUUCCCCAGCAGACUCCCAGGGGCAUUUAAAUUUAAAGGUAUCAGUGUUCUGCAUCUAAUAU